GUAAAUCGCAAUGGCUAUCACUCUAUCAAUGUGCAGAUGGUAUGUGAUGCUGGGUUCCGGAUUCAAAAUGUAGUUGUGAAGUGGCCUGGAAGUGUCCAUGAUGCCCGCAUAUUCCGGCAAUCUUCCUUAUGCCUGGAUUUGGAAAAUGGUGUCAUGGAUGGUUACUUGCUUGGUGACAGUGGUUAUGCGUGCCGACGUUACCUUCUAACACCAUACCUGAACACACGAUCACAAGCACAGGAAAGAUAUAACAGAGCCCUAGUAAAGACUCGAGUCAUUAUUGAACAGACAUACGGUGUGUUGAAGCGCAGGUUUCCUUGCCUUUCAUAUGGCCUUCGUGUACAGCCCCAGCGAUGCUGCCAGAUAAUAUUGACCUGCUCCUUCCUCCACAACUUUGGUCUAGAUAAUGGAGACAUAUUUGAUCGUCUGGACGAUUUUGAUGUUGAUCAACCAGAUCAUGACUUUCAUUUUCAAAUUCAAAAUCCAGGCAAUGGCCUUCUUUUCAGAGAUGUUUUAGCACAAACAUUCUUCUCCUGACUGAUAUGUUCAGUUUCCUUUUUCAUAAAAGUGCUGUAACUGUUAUGACAGUAUUUGAGUAUUUGAAAAAAGUAAGAAUCAUUUUGUUUUUAGCUGAACUGAAUGAAGAAUGGAGAACUAUACUACUCUGCGUUAUGUCGGCAGCAGCGUCGGCUGGACAUCUUGUUUAAGAUUUUGCAUAUACUGGUAUGAACAUUUAAAGCUGCACUCUCACAGAUAUACCAUUUUUGCAACUUUUUUUAUUUUGUGUCUUGGAAAGAGCAAAUUUUGGCGUAAAUAUUUGCAAACCAAUGAUAUAAGAUUGCUGACAAAAAAUCUGAUCGUAGAUUUUCAUAUUUCCAUACCAAAAUUAAUGUUUUAUUGCUUAAACUGUUACUAACAGUAUAAGGAAAAUGCAUAAAAUAUCAAUUUUUGAACUUUAUAUAACAAUCUGCCAUCUGAUUUUUUGUCAGCAGUCU